UCCCGUCCGCCGCGCGGAGCGGCGCGGGGAGCGCGCCGGGCGGAAUCCCGGCCGCUGCCCGGGGCGCUGCCGCGAGGGCCCGGACCCCUCCCCGCCUUGGGGCCUGGGGAUUGGGUCGGCAGGGGGCCAGCCCGGAAGCCGGCUUCCUGCAGGCUCCCCCUCUCGCCUCUCAGCCGGUUUGGCUGAGCGUUUGUUCUGAGCUCCCCGCCGGGGAGAUGUGAGGAUUUUUCUCUUGGGGGAGAAACCAGUGGUCGUGCGCCUGCCCAGCUCAAUGCCACCCAGCUCCAAGGGAGGCCUGCGGCCCAGGGACCCUGGGGGGAGAGCCGGGUCACACCUCCUGAGGACAGCCAGGACUCCGGCUUUUGCUGAGCUGUGCAUCUUGCCGCCUUCCUUGCAAAGGCUCCAGACCCAAGGCCAGCCGCUCUCUUCCUGCACGCCCCUGGCCAGGCAGCCCACUGCCCCUCCAGCUGGGCCCAGCCCCAGAGCUCACCUCCAGGACCUGGAGCCUGCCCUCCUGCCCGGCAUGACUCACCAUUUCUAGCUCGGUGAGAGGACGUGAUGGGGAGUCGGGCGGCCUGUUUGUGUGUAUAGGAUACCUGCACCAUCUGAUCAGUUCUGCAAGGGAGAGAGCUUCAGGUUCCUGCCGGCCAGCCCAGCGAGGCUGUCCCCAGCUCUCAGAGAGCUCUGGGGGCGCCCAGGCCAAUGCUUCUGCGCUACCUGGGGCCGUUCGCAGCACCCUGAGCUCCCUGCCACCAGGCAGCUGGAAGGCGUAGCAGGAGGCAUUUCUCUCAGCCCCAAUAAUGACAGUGGCCACCGGAGACCCGGCAGAUGAGGCCGCUGCCCUGCCUGGGCACCCCCAGGACACCUACGACCCCGAGGCAGACCAUGAGUGCUGCGAGAGGGUGGUCAUCAACAUCUCAGGGCUGCGGUUUGAGACACAGCUCAAGACCUUGGCCCAGUUCCCAGAGACCCUAUUAGGGGACCCAAAGAAGCGCAUGCGGUACUUCGACCCCCUCCGCAAUGAGUACUUCUUCGAUCGGAACCGCCCCAGCUUUGACGCCAUCCUGUACUACUACCAGUCAGGGGGCCGCUUGCGGCGGCCCGUGAACGUGCCCCUGGACAUCUUCUCCGAGGAGAUCCGGUUCUACGAGCUGGGUGAGGAGGCCAUGGAGAUGUUUCGGGAGGACGAGGGCUACAUCAAGGAGGAGGAACGGCCCCUGCCCGAAAAUGAGUUCCAGAGGCAGGUUUGGCUUCUCUUCGAAUACCCAGAGAGCUCAGGGCCCGCCAGGAUUAUAGCCAUCGUGUCCGUCAUGGUGAUCCUGAUCUCCAUCGUCAGCUUCUGCCUGGAGACGCUGCCCAUCUUCCGGGACGAGAACGAAGACAUGCAUGGCAGCGGCAUGACCUUCCACACCUACUCCAACAGCACCGCCGGCUACCAGCAGUCCACCUCCUUCACCGACCCCUUCUUCAUCGUGGAGACGCUCUGCAUCAUCUGGUUCUCCUUUGAGUUCCUGGUGAGGUUCUUUGCCUGCCCCAGCAAAGCCGGGUUCUUCACCAACAUCAUGAACAUCAUCGACAUCGUGGCCAUCAUCCCCUACUUCAUCACCCUGGGGACAGAGCUGGCCGAGAAGCCCGAGGACGCCCAGCAGGGCCAGCAGGCCAUGUCGCUGGCCAUCCUCCGAGUCAUCCGGUUGGUAAGAGUCUUUAGGAUUUUUAAGUUGUCCAGACACUCCAAAGGUCUCCAGAUUCUAGGGCAGACCCUCAAAGCCAGCAUGAGAGAACUGGGCCUCCUGAUCUUCUUCCUCUUCAUCGGGGUCAUCCUGUUCUCUAGUGCUGUCUACUUUGCAGAAGCCGAUGAGCGAGAUUCUCAGUUCCCCAGCAUCCCGGAUGCCUUCUGGUGGGCAGUCGUCUCCAUGACAACCGUAGGCUAUGGAGACAUGGUUCCAACCACCAUUGGGGGAAAGAUAGUGGGCUCUCUGUGCGCCAUCGCAGGUGUGUUAACCAUUGCCUUACCGGUCCCAGUCAUAGUGUCCAAUUUCAACUACUUCUACCACCGGGAGACAGAGGGAGAGGAACAGGCCCAGUACUUGCAAGUGACAAGCUGUCCAAAGAUCCCAUCCUCCCCUGACCUAAAGAAAAGUAGAAGUGCCUCCACCAUUAGUAAGUCCGAUUACAUGGAGAUCCAGGAGGGUGUGAACAACAGUAAUGAGGACUUUAGAGAGGAAAACUUGAAAACAGCCAACUGUACCUUGGCUAACACAAACUAUGUGAAUAUUACCAAAAUGUUAACUGAUGUCUGAUCGAAACCUCUUAACAUAACUCACAGCUCCAUGGAACUAAUGCAGAUGUUGCAUAAUAGCCUGCAUUGUAGUCAGUGUGUUCUACAGUGUGUCUCUGGUUCUGCAUGGAAAGCAAUAGUUGUGCAAGUGACUUUCGACCUUUUGAUUUUUGAUUUAGAACACAGAAUAUCUGUCGUGGCUUUCAUGCAAACCUUCAUCACCUGCUGUUGGGUUUCCAAAGAUGGGAGUCACCUAUGGAGCCAGGAUUUUAGAAAGACACAUUGAGGCCACCUCAUAUCCAGUACUCAAACCACCAUAUCAGUGCCACCUUCCUUUCCUAACCAAAUGCCCACGACACCCAAGAGAUGCACGCCCCUCACCCCGACCCCGCGUCCUGUUUGAGCUCCCUCCCUGCCCCUCACAGAGGAGCACUAUCAUGGCUUAUGGCUUAGCUUUAAAGCUCUGGGUCAUUAUUCAGAAGGUCAUUCCUUUUUUUUUUUUUUUUUUUUUUUUACAUUUAAAAGAACACACAGUCCUGUGUGUUAGAAUUCCUUUCCGUGUCUCAGGCUGGGGUUUGCAAAUUGCAGUUGCCAAGUUAGAUGCUCGGGAGGCUCGUGUUUCAUAACGGAAAAUGCUGCAUUCUGCUUUUUCUCUGCAGUGUCGGUGUGAGGGAAGCCCGGGGGAGGGACAGUGAGCAUGACGGAAUGUGAGUUGUCAAGUUUCACAUUGGUUCCCCUAGGCCUGCAGGGAGACACUCACAAACCAAGGGACCUCGCAGCUCCCAGAUUUCACCAUUUCUGCAGGCUUCAGGGUCACAAAAACAUGUGCGACUUCUUUUACACUGGACUUUGAGGAAAUCUGCUUUCCUGGUGAUGUGGCCCGGCCACACUGACACUGCAGUGAAACUUACCAGUGAUGUGCUAGAGCUGCAUGGGUGUUCUUGCAUGAAUCUCAAUAUUUAAAACACAGGAGAUAACCUAUUUUCUUAGUAGCCUACACAGUAUUCAUACUUAGAGUAUUAAUAGCCAUGGAGUGGCAUUGAACUAGGGGGUCCCCCCCUCACUGGAAGAAAGGCUAAAGCCCUCUGUCAGGAGAGGAAAUAUACAAUUUGGAAUGGGGAACCUAAACUCCUGGCCCUCCAGCCCUCCCAUCCCUGCUCUUCCAAAUGGGAGUGCAGACAUCUGCCAGGCCAGGAGAGUGAGCAGGGAAGGCAGCAUCGAAACAUCCACGGGGCUGCACCUUAGGAACUGACCUGGUCACAGGCGUGGCUGCACAGCUGACCAGAGCAUCAUCUGGUCCUGAGCAGAGCCAGGUGGGUCUGUGGAUCCAGUGUAUAUAAAUAGAUAUCCAGUAUCUCUUUCAGACAUUCCUCUACCUAACUAGCUAUAGAAAAUUGCAUUGGAACAUGGUAUAAGCUUAUGCAAUAUUUUUGACACAGGGCAAUUUAUGCAUGUGUUUGUGUGCACUAGAGUAUAUAUAUACAUAUGUGUGUAUAUAUAUGUACAUAGACAUAUAUAUACAUACACACUAUAUAUAUACACAUUAUAUAUAUAUAUAUAUUCAUCCUCUGGAGUUCAGGUUCAGGAGCAAAUCCACUGCUUGGUGGGUUGGUUGUCUAAGAGGCCUACUGGGUUCAUCUGUCUCCUCGGUGACCGCAUCGGGGCCUGGGUUUGCUGCCAGUGCCUCAGACACUCCAGUCUUCAUGGAUUCCUAGACGUUAGAAUUGUCUUUCUGCCCUCCACGUGCUGCAGCUUCAGUUCCCCGCGGCUGAAGCUUGUCUUACUGAGUGCACAAGGGCCCCCAGGCCCUCACAGCUCCAGCUGUCCUGGGCCAGACCCACCCCAGGCCCCCUGUCUACAGUGCAUCCUGUUCAUCAUCUCCAUUCUCACCUUUCCUCACCCCGCUUGGUUUUCAUUAUCCAUCACUUUCAGGAACUUGUCCCUGAUGGACCCUGCUCUGAAACCAAGGACACCAAGGGGUAGGACUCCCUAGGACCAGAUUCCACUGAUUGGACUUAAAGGGACCCUCCCCACUGUGGAGAUCUCUAGAGUCCAGGGCCAACAGAUGGAGUCCCUAGACGAUCCCAAGGCACCAACUUGACCACCAGACUCAAGCUCUUCGUCCAUUAAAUUGACAAGCCAGGGCUUUUUUUUUUUUUUUUUUUUUUAACAAAGAACCAAAGGAUAGGAAACCAAUUGUCCCCUGGCCCCGAGAACAGGUGGAGAGCAAACGGGGGCAGUGCAUGGCCUAAAGGCUGGAGCAGGUUGGCCCUCGGAUAAGAUGGGGUUGGGGAGGAGGGAGGGCAGUGGUCUUGCCACACGGGCUUCUUUGCUCUUUCCCACAGCAGUGAAUCAUGGUAUCUGGUUCCAGUCCAGUUAGCACCCACAGCUGUCUUGGGGGGUGGGGCACCAGCUUCAGGUGCUAGGCCCAGGGUGCUCACUAGUUCCUGGUCACCCGCAUCCCCAGGUGGCUGCAGGGCAUCCCGUGCCCAGCACAAAGCCUCCAUGCUUUUCUUCCUCUCCUCACGGGAGGUGGUGCUGAAUUUCCAAGACAUGGGGUGAGAGGGACAAAGGCUUUCAGGAAACAGAAGGGAAAGCAGCCAUAUCAGAGGCUCAGGUCAGGAGGCAGGGGUUUUUAUCUCUGUGUCCUUUCCUUGGCCCAGGACCAUAAAAUCUUCACACAUGCAAGCAUAUCCACCACAAAGUAGAGAGUUACAACAUCGCCCUGCACAGGUGCAGAACACACAACACACAUAUCAAAUACACAGAGCCCAAACUAACAUACAGGGCAAGCACAGAAGAUACAUGGUUAAACCUAAAUAGACACACGCAUUAUCGCUUCUCGGCCUUUUGGCUAAGAUCAAGUGUAGUGUCUGUUCUUAUCAGUUUAAUAGAUACAUGCAUACUCGAUACAGACACGGAUCGUACUUAGCAAUACAAAAGACCUACAUACACCACGUACAGGUACACAGCCUGUAACUCAGACACAAAAUGUACAGAAACUACAUAGACACAAUAGAUAUGCAUACAGAAUACUCACAGGAUACUUUGCUGUCAUUUCUGUUUGCAGACAGUGCACAGUGCUAUACUGGGCCCACAUGUCCAAGAACAUACACACGAAACACUCCAGAUGUGGACAUAUGCUCAGAUCCUUUGUUCUGCCCUCAAAGCAAUGAAUUAAUAGGCAUGCAGAAAAGAUCAGGCCUGAUCACUUUUCCCUAAUCUAUGUCCAUAUCCCUUGGUAUUCUUCAAGAAGUCACUUCCCCCAGACUCUUCUCUUACCUCCAGAUUUCAAUCCCGAGAAAUUACCCUCGUGAUUUAAAGCAGAAAGGUGAGCUACCCCCUUAAGCAGAUGUCUGAUGAAGACCAGGAUUCUCAUGGGGUUUCUGCCUGUUCACCUUUCUCCCAGCAGAACCCUGGGUGCAGGAUGUGGAAGGACCUGAGACCCAUGGCAACCAAGUAUAGACCUCCCUGUCCUUCUUUCAAAGUGAGUCCACACAGCCCCACAGCCCAGGCCCCCUACCCACAGUAUCCAGGGCCUCCAGAUGUGGCCCUGUUCUCUAAAGAGCAGUGGUGGCUGUGCCACUGCAGGAUCCUGGGCACAGGCCAGGGUGAAGAGGCCCCCAGUGGUCCCUAUGUGCUCAGAGCUCCAUGCCCUUCCAUCCCCAGCAGCCUUGGUAGUGGCCAGGUCAGAACGCAGACGCCCUGCAGAGACCUUGCUCUUCCAGUGAGCACCUGGGCAUUCGCUUGAAGAGAUCAAGUCCUGUCCCCACCCCACUGCUGGGGCUCCCCCUGGAUGCCCUGCCUCCCAUCCCAAGGCUGUGCCUAGAGGAAGUGGCAUACCAAUUCCAUGUAAUUAAAACAUGAUUCAGGACAUAAACCUAAGGCUAAAGAAGCGAACUUUUUUUAAACAUGGGUUUUUAUAGUUUAAGACUAGAUUUAAAACUUCCUAAAAUGAUCCACCAUUUUGGAUGAGCUGUGGACCUGGUCCUUCCUACUGGUGGGACUAGCUGAGAGGUGAGUGCAUUUUGGCAAAAGCUUCCCGAAAUGUAAAUCAGGCCUUGUGUUCAAGCCUGGAUCAGGCGCCACAGUCUCUCUUCCUGCACCUGUCCCAGGUGUGCCGAAGCCUCCCCUGCUGUUGAUGGUCACAGCUCCUGUUCUGCACCCAGGGAGCAGCAACAGCAGGGAAUGAAACCGUGAAUCCAAAACGCAUGCAUCUAAUACAACCUGCUGGGACUUGUGCUUGCAAGGCCAGGUGCCAGUUUUCCUUUGAGCUUCAUCAGGUGCCUCUGGACUCAAACCUUUGAGAAAGUUGGAUUUUCAGGAGGCCAGAGGGGAAGGAGGUAAGGUUGUCAGGAGCAGAGAGUAACUGGGCUGUUCAAAUUUCUGAGUCAACUUCUCAGGAGCCCCAAUUCAAGGAUGCUAUUAUGGCUCUGAGCUUCCCCAAGUGGAGUGGUAUUUGAUUGCUCUCUUAGCUUCUCUGCUGUCCUUGGGGGUUGCCGCUCAGCUGGGCUUCUGAGGAUGGCAUCCAUGUGUGUCCUUGGAGUGUCCCUCAAGAUUCCAUUGGCCUGAGCCCCCAUUCUGCCCCAAGAGGGUGAGGGUCUUGGAGCCAGCUUGUCCUUUCUGCUCUCCCUGGAUCUCUCACUCUGUUGUAAUGAAGACAUUGGCCAACUUACUUCCUCAUGAUCAGAGUCAGCUGUGCAGAAAAUCCUCUGGCCCAGGGUUCAGUGCUGUGCACAUGGUGGAGAGAAGAGGUAGAGGUGAACUUCCCCCCAGAGGGAGCUUUAGUGUGUCAAUUGCAGGUGAGGGUGGCACUGCUGUGUAGCAGACAGACAAGCCCAGUGCUGACUCAUCCACCCAGGAGAGAAGGUGACAGUGCCCCAUUGUCAUAACAACCUGCAUCAGUCUGAGAGGGCUGCCACGUCCAGGGUGCUCCUUGGUUACAUAGCGGAGGUUCCUCCAGCCUUGGCAAGGAGUCCAUUACCAGGUUUGAACCCACGCCCUUAACCUCAUGAACCUCAUUAGCCACCCGAGUCGACCAGCAAGCUAGAGGAUGCUGGGAACUGUCUCAGUAGCUCUUGUGACCAGUCCUGUUCCCCUAUCACAGUGGCAGCAGGGACAGGCGGAGGUAGGAGGUCCUCUACAAGCGGGGGUGGGUCUCUUCCUCAUUCUGAUCCAGUUCACUUCUCCAUCCCUUCUGCUUCCCUUGCCACCAAAGCUCAGUUCCAUCUCUCAUAGUUUGUGUUUGAAUCAUUUUAAAGAGGAAAAGUGCAAUAAAAUAAACCGUGACUGUUUUCUUUAGCAAUAGCUCUUUCAAAAUCUCACUCUCAGGACUGAAAAGUGAUAGAAAGCACCUGGAGUAUCAGAUAAUGCUCUUGAUUUCUGGACGCUCGUUCGGUCUGUGGUUCUCUCUUCUUCCCACGUGUUCACGUGACUCCUGUGCUCUGAGGUCUGACCUCCUUCUGCAAUGGACACAUAGGCAGAGGUGCAGCCUAUGCCCAAGGAAGGCCUUCUUUUCUGCUCCGUCUCCUUCCUGCGUGCACCACCCUGUGUCUGCAUCUCCCUGCCCCUCUCCCAUCUGCCUCCCCCGUUUCUGUCUGCUGUCGCCCGGCAUCCUCACGAGCUCUACACACUGAAACCUUGACUUUGAAUGACCUCACGCCAGCCCACCUUGCUGGCCCUCUGUCGGUCUGGCAGGGUGUCCUGGCAGCCUGCAGGAAAGCACUUACCAAUAGAUAGGAAGACAGCGUCCUGAGCCAUCACGGAAGAUCAUUUCCAUGCACUCAAAGCCAUUACCUGAUCCUCACGCUUCCCUUCUUCCUUUCCCCAGGGAGACGGAUGCUGAGGGCAUGCGACUCAGAGGUUUGCACCUGGGGUCAGGAGCCCAGGCCAAUUUGGGACUUGCCCUCUGUCCUUCCUUCAGGAUAGGCUGACUCCAUGAGCACUGCCAAGGGGAGCAAGGUCUUGUGCUUUGGGGUCGAGAUCUACAGGGCACUUAGGGCAUGACAGCCGUGAAAUAAAGAUCCCACCACCCACUAGAGUAUGUCAAUGCACAAAUAUUUGCACACCCCACCAGGGGCUUCAGAUGAUCCCCUUUCCCUCAGCAUCUGGGAGGUCAGAUAGUCAGACUGGACAAUCAGGGAAGACUGGCAACCCCAGGACCCACCACAUUCCUUUUCCAUCUACCCUGCCCUCUACACGUAAGUACAGCAAAACCUCAGCUAACCGACGGGGAAACCUCAGGGAAGGGAACUUUCUGGUUACUCUGCAGUUCUGUUGAGUGACAAUGGGAAACCAUGUGUGCUUCAACCUUUGUUGUUGAAAAACAAGUCCUAAGUAGGUGAGUGUACACUUUCCUGCCUUAGUAAGCAGAGUGUUGGACGAUGACAGAAGACCUUGCCUUGCUCAGGGUCCAUCUUCUAAACCUCAGUGCUCGAUGUACAGAAAUGGAGAUGGAGCAGACCAAAGAGACAGGCUGAAUGAUGCUAGCCACAAGAGAGGCCAGAAGUGGGCCGCCGAGCACGCCCUGGCUAAUCGGUAGUGCCCUUGCUGUCAUUUGCCUCUUUCUCCUGAAAGAAUAGUAAGAAAACAUAAUUUUCGUCAAUGAAGGUUUUGGUUCAUUGGUCCUGAGUUCUUAGGGGUUUUCCAUAUAUACAUAUAUCUCUCUGUGCGUGUAUAUAUGUAUAGUAUAUGUAUAUAUGUAUACCAUUAUUUAAAAGUUCUACGAGUAUACGUUGACCAAACUCCCGGUCUCACUCAUGUAAUAAAUCUGGCAAUCCAAGGAAUCAGCUGCAUUGGUUUGAAUUUUUACAAUGGUCUUCCUUUGCCUUCUCUCCCCAUCUCCAGUUCCGCUCUCUUUUCUCCUGCUUGGGGACUUGUCCAGAAGGCAGUUCUUUCACAACAAAAGAACAGGCUCCAGGAUCGCCUCUUUCCUUUCCCUCCCAGGCGGCCGCCUGACUCAGGGAUAAAAGGGAAGUGUGAUCCCAGAGCCAGGUGCUCGGGCCUUUAUUCUGCCUGCCCUGGCUGGCUGGAACCUCAUCACUGAGCACCAGAAAACUGAGCCCAGCUCUGUAGCCCUGGGGGAGUGCAGAGCUGGAAGACCUGGUGGAGGACUGUUCUGUGUGGCUUUCUCUUUGCGAUGAGUAGUGCCCUAGGUUUGCAUUCGGUGAAAUCUGAAAGUCACCUGUUUAAUGAGGAACAAGAGUACACCUCUGCCUCCUGGAAGGAGAGCUUUGUGGAAUCCAGGGAACUAGCAACUCAUUCUGCGGUUGAUUCUAAGUCUAGGCUGAGAGUUGGUUGCCCUAGAGCAGCUACGGUUUGGUUGCCUUUUGGGGGGUGAGCUGUGUACGUCACUCAAGAAAGCAGGUGCAAGCUGAAAGGUGUCCUCAUUCUCUAUCUUACCUUGCAUUGUGGAGACCCAUGGGUGAUCACGUUGAAUGUGUGCCCUCUGCCUGGCCCUGGAAGGGAGGGGUUUCUCCCUGGCACAUAGAGCAAUUGAGGUGGCACAGAGUGUUUUUCAUCUCCCCUACUCCCAGGAACCUCCCCACGCCAUGAUCAGGUGGUAUGAACCCAUAAUCCAGAUUUAAACCGGGGCAGUCGAGGAAGGCCUGUCUGGAUGCCUGCUUCUUACACUGCAUGAGCCUCGGCAGACAGAACGGUCUGUGCCUGUCUCUGCUCCUAGAAUAGUGAGAUGUGCUCCAGAUGCAUCGGCAGCUGAGAAGUCCCUGCCUCAUCCCACUGUCGGAUGCACAGGGCAGGUGUGAUUACAUAAUUCCAUGGACAGCUGCUGCAACAGCUAGAUAACUGAGGGCAGUAUCUGCGUGGCUCCAUUAUUGGGCCUUUGGUAGCUACCCAGAGGACUUGAACUUGGGUCUGUGUCUUGUCUCUAUCAUUGCGAGAGGCCUUCUGAGCUCUGCUUCUCCUUGAAAGUGAUUCCCUCGGUGCCAGCUGCCUCCUUUGUAUGAACGCCUCACCUCCCAGGGCUGCUAUGCCAGCUGCCUCGUUUGUAUGAACGCCUCACCUCCCAGGGUUGCUGUGGGAGGCGAGUGGAGAUGCUGGCAGGGAGGCACUGUUCAGGGGCUCACUGUGCUCCCAGACAGUCUCCACGCCAGCUGCUGACAUUUCUGCCUUUUAAACUUAGGAAGUCGCAGGGCAAGGACCUUGCUCUGCCCGGUGGGGCUGGACGGGAGCAAACCAGCCCCAGGCUGAGCAUUGGGAUGGAGGGGCAGGAAGGGAGGCCUAGCUGGCUUUGCAAGGGUGAGUCUCAGCUCCUGAGGGUUUGACCAGGCUCUGUGCUUGCCCCAGUUCUGCCUUCACGUGGGAUCCAGCGACCCAGUUUCCUUUUGUUCUUGUGCUUCGAUGGUUCCUUCGUCUGAAGGGCCCCAGGAAGCUGGGAAGGCCCGUGACUGGGCUCCAGCCUGCUAAGCAAACAUUGCCCCAGCCAAAUGGGCCUCUCCCUGGGUUUCUGCCUCCCUGCCACCCCUCUGCCACCGAGGGUAAUCUUGGAACAGUCAGGAUUAGUGGUUCCAGCAAUCAAGGAGGAUUCCGUAGCUUUCAUCAGGGCCGUAGCUAUAAAGCUCAUGAGUGGAGGAUGCUAGCUCUUUUUCCAGGCCUGUGUGCUUCUGUGCUUAGAUAAGCCGUCUCUGGAGAUUUUAUAUAUUAUGUGUAUGUGUGUGUGUGUGUGUGUGUGUGUGUAGAUAUAAAAUGUGGACAUGGCCGCUCACUUAAGAUCAUGCAGCACAGACUCUAAUUAGGGUUUCCGCUGGUUUCCUCGCUGCUCGUGCGCAUGGCUCUGCAGCUGCCCUCCCGUGUCCUGUCUCUAAGAAUUGCUGAAAACUCCAAGAGGAGAGGCAGAUAAAUAAGCCUCCUUGGGAUCAAUAGGAGAAGGAACUCCGAGGCUGAUGGUAAAGCUUCGUCAGGAUGAUGCCGAGAGGGAACUGGGGUCUCCAUGGUGAUAAGAAGCUGGGGACCAAUGGGAGCCGAAGGCGGAGCAGGACUUGUGGAGAGGACUCAUGGGAGUAGGGAGUCAUUUAACUCUUUGUUUGCUUUAUGAAAAUUUAGACACCAGCUGUAACUGCAUUGCACAGGAUGUGUAGAUGUUAUCAUUCUUGCUGACAUAACUCUGGAAGCUUGCAGCCCCACCAACACUGCCCCACCCAGAACUUCUGCAGCUGAGAGUUCCUGUGUCAGUAGGGUCUGAUAUUUGUACAUAGGUUAUACAUACAUGUGUACAUAUGUGCCUCAAUGAACAUUGCCUGUCCACCUGAUCAUGGGUGUACAUAGUCUUCAUAGAGCUCCACGGUCUUUUGUAAAUAUUGACACAAGUAAAUAAGUAUAUAAAUAUAUAUUGAUGAGGAUUUAUUUUAACAUCAUUCUGUGUGAAAUGAAAAAAAAUAAAAUUUUUGACAGACGCCAA